UCCGCCAUAAACAAAAGGAAGAAGAAUAUGACGUAAUAGUCAGUCACAUUCACCUUUGGAAGUUAACAGGCUGAAAGACAGAUACCAGGACUUCUAACUAGUUAGCCUGCUACGCUAAGCCAUCGGCCAGCUCCGAGCUAGGCGGAGUUGACAAUGCUAUCUCGAAUGCUACUGUCGCUGCUCAACAACCUUCACGUUGUUGAGAAGCUUGCUGAAUCUCGCCCGAUCCGCAGGGCAGCACAAAUUACAGCCUACGCCAUCACCAAGGCUCAGAUAGCCGGUAGGGACGCAUCGCAGCGAGUCCUGCGGUCCCAGACGCUGCGACAGGUCCGAGAAGAGGCUGGCAAGGUACCCGGGGACAUGGAGGACGUCGGCAGGCGAAUCAGGAAAGUCCGAGAGACAUUUGUGAAGGAAGUGAAGAUUGGCUGGAAAGAUGGAUCCCGCCAGAUUAAGAAAUAAGACCCUUUGAAUCAAUUUCACCAGACUGCCUGUUAAGCAAUGUGCAGGAGGACAAAGGAGGGCAUCAAAAUGAUAGAAACUGAAUUAACUGUGGCUUCACUUCGGGGCAAGGAUCACUGCAAUAAGCAAGUAACUUCUUUGACACACAGCAGCGGUGAUGAAUCACAGCUAAAUGCCAGGCAGGGAAUCAAUGCCAGGUCUCACUGACAUGUAAACAUUAAGUUAUUGCAGUAAAUGUCAUUUUAAAGUACAAUGGAUGAAGAUAAGUCAGUAGGGGUGUCACAAGAUUUCUCAUUCAGAAAAAAAAUGUGUCGUGGGUAUUAGGCCUGGGACGAUAAUAAAUUAAUCACACUAUAAAUGAAACUGAACUCGAUAAUUUUGCUGACCUCGGUAUAUUGCCAUGUGGAUACGUGUCAGUUUUCCUCAUUUCUCGCCUACAAACAAGCAGGAAGGAAGAGAGUUCAUUCUGUGCAUUGGUUUUAGCACCUUGGUGUGUUUGUUCCAGAGAACAAUGGCAUGAAGAGAGUGAGCCCUUUUGCCAGUCAUACAGUCUCGUGUCUGGUGACACCCCUAAAGGUCAUUAAUAGAGAGUUCAGUGUUCUACAGAUAUUAAUAUAAUUUAAAACAAUGUGAUGUGGGAAUGGUUAUAAGCAAAUGCAAUUAAAGUUAUGUGUAGUAUGCUGCUGAGUGUAAUGUGUCUACUAAAAACAAGAUAGGUGUCUACAACUGCAUCUGGCAAGCGUUUUACUGUACUGGCUGCACAACGUCUAGCGCUAUCUUUAUUAUAUUCAGUCAUUGUGCUGUCAUCAGGCACAAGGUCCAUAGAUGAUGUGACAGAUAAAGAAUCUUGAAUUAACACACACGAUGGCCUUUUGAAUGCGUUUGAAUUUAUUUUGUUUCAACAAGAUACACCACUGAAUCCAGUAUUUUGAUGUAGCAAUACCUGUGCAGGCUCACUGGCCUGGCAACUAAAUAUUAGUUACACGGUUCAUCAUUUCACAUUGA